AUGAACACCAUAGGCCCCUACCCCGUCCAAAAGCCCACCAUCCCGGCCAUUCCGAGUCUGGGCCCAACCACAGCGCACGCCUGCACCCUCUGCAGCCGCUUCUUCGUCUCGCAAUCCGCACUCCACUCGCACUACCGCUUCUCAACCCAACACGAAUGGUGCGAGCGAUGCAGCCGGGUCUUCGUGUCGACGACUGCGCGGGACGCGCAUUUCCGCGAGUCGACCAAGCAUAAUAUCUGUCCGACCUGCGGCCGCUUACAGGAUUUCGAUACCCCUGCCGAACUUACGCGCCAUCUCGAGGACUUCCACUUUUGCUGUGCGUCUUGCUCGCCAUAUAUUUACCACGACUCGCCGGAGGAGUUGAGGAGGCAUGAUGUUGCGCAGCAUCAUCUGUGCAUCAAGUGUGGGGACUAUUUUAGCAAGGCGAAUAACCUUCUUAUGCACCAACAAAAACACCAACCCCGCACAAUGCGCUGCUACGGCUGCGACCACACCUUCAAGUCGUUCUCGGGUAUGCUCAUCCACCUCGAGUCCGGCGCGUGUGCGUCGCAGAUGACAGAGGGCGAGAUCGACGCCCUGGCGCACCGGUGCUACCAGAGUCGAAAGUAUGUACUUCGUGGUCUGGACGGGGGCGAAGGGUGGAUGUACAAGUGUCCGACCUGCUACAAGGAGUUCUCUAAGCUGUCGGCGCUGUAUCAGCAUGCGGAGGAUGUGAUGGACUGUGGACAUGGUGUUUGGAUUGCCAAGUGUGUAUAG